AUGUGUCGCCAUCGUCGCAAUUGCUACGGACCCAGCCCGGUCUUGUACGGGCCCAUGACGAACCCACAAAUGGGUCAAGUCCAAGGCCAACAAUACGGCUAUGCUUACGGCAUGGGCCCCUAUUGCUCAGGCUGCGGUCGUCACAGAUGCCGCUGUGGCCGCCGACAAGGCUGCGGAGGUCGAGGACGCCGUGGCGGGCCCGUCACCAUGUUGAUCGGCGGCAUCAUCAGCAUGGUCAAGGAACACCAAGAGAAGAAAGCGGAAGAAAGGCGUGUCGAAGGAGAGAAAUUCGUCAAGGGCCUUCGUGAAAAUGACGGAGAUGUUCAGCGCAGAGCAGAGGAAGUGGACGAGUACAGCGACAGCGAGCCUGAAAAUGACGUUGCUGCCCGCGAGUACGAGCAACAUCUCCAGAACCGGGAGGAAGAGCGCCGCAGAGGAAAACAGUACCAAGAUGAGCCGCCCUCAUAUAAGGUGGCUGUCAACGGGAACUAG